AUGGUUGAUUAUUUUUGCUCUUUAGCUACGGGUCAAAUAAGCAAGGACGGAUUUAUUGAGAUAUACACACACAAGUUGAAGUUAGAUGCCGACAUGCGAGAGCUUCGCGAGGCCUUUCGUGCACUUGAUAAGAAGAAAAAAGGAGAAAUUGAUGUGGAAGACAUCAGAUGGAUAUUGCGAAGUCUCGGCAAUGAGUUGACUGAAGAAGAUAUUGAUGCAAUGAUCAGAAGCGCAGAUGCAGAUGGUUCAGGAGCAGUUGAUUUCGAAGGUAAAGACAACUUUUAA